UAUCAGUGUCCUCAUCUUAUAAUAUCAGCCUACUACCAAAGUCCACCAUGGUCAGUACACGGUCAUCUGCUGCUAAAGAGCCAGAAACACACGUUAUCACUGGAGGAGGUGGUUUCCCAGGUUUCUCUUUAGGAAAGAGAUUAGCCAAGAAAGGUCAUAAGGUCAAACUAUUUGAUUUGAAGGAGCCUGUCUGGGAGCUUGAAGAUGGAAUGGAAUUCAUUCAGGUGACUUUUCUGUUUCAUCUUGACCUUGACCUCAUUAGUGUAAAUUUUUUUUAAAAAUCUAACCGUUGAAUACAUUUAAUGGUAUUCUCAUGCAUUUUUCUUAAGCAUUACCAUUAAUCUAUGUAAUAUUUAAAAAAAAUAUUUCUAGCAUUCACUGGUCUUAAUAUAAUGAUUAUGGCCCCUGUUUCUUUCUGAUUCUCUCUUCAACAAAAUGUGCAUAGGUAAAAAAUGAUCUUCAAUAAUAUUCUUUUAAAAAAAAAACUAGUAAGGUUCUUUUCAAAUAUGCAAGUAUUCCUUGAGUUUGAUUACUUACCUUUGUUAUUUAGAAUUUAAAAUUGUUCCACCAUCAGGAGAAAACAACAAAUAUAAAACCACCUCAUAAUCCAUUUUACACAGCAUUUAAAAGUCCUUUAGUUUUUUUUCACAUUUAAUCCAUGCUUUAGUUUAAUCCAGGAACCUUGCAUGGGCUACAUCCUCUAUCCACUUUGAAAUCCAAGGCAGCUGAAAAAUAAUGAAAUAUGUUUUAUUAGAAAGAAGCAAGGCCAAGCACUCAUUCAUUUCAUUAUAUCAGUCAAGUAAACAUAAGUUAUGGGGAUUUCUAAUCAGAAUCUCUCUCUAAUGUUUCCACACAAAGAAAAUCCUGAAGUUUUAGUUUAGAUACGUAAAACUAUCAAUUAUUUUAAAAUUUUUUCCUGAAUAAAAAAUGUUUUCUAAGAUUAACGUUUUUUAGGAGCACUGCGCUCUGAUACGACACCUGUACGCUAUUUUGAUGGGGCUUAUUGUCAAUCUAUUCAGGGCAAUAUCACGGAGGGAGAAACUCUAUCCCAAGUUAUCAAGGGAGCCAGUGCUGUUUAUCAC